AUGACGAUACAAGCUGACGCCGAGAAAUCGCGACAUGAAGUCAGCUCCGAGUCCGUCAUCCAGCCUUACCACCGCGCCCAAUUCUUCAUUACUAUACUCGCCGAUAGCGCAUUUCCGGCGGUAGUCGUUCCAACCCUGACCCUUUACUUUGGCACAUUGGAAGAUGUCGGUUGGUAUCUGUCCACAUAUCGACUCGCGUCCGGCUCAUUUCAGUUGUUGUUCGGAAAGCUGUAUGCCCUCCUUGGACCCAAGCCGCUGGUUCUCACGAGCUUGGCCGUCUUCUCAGCGGGAAGCCUGCUGAGUGCUCUUGCAACCAAAUCGUAUAUAUUCAUUCUUGCGAGGGGUGUCACAGGUCUUGCCACCGCCGGGGUGACUUCAGGUGCCUUUGCCAUCAUCAUCCAAGCAGCGCCAUUGGGCAGCCGGCCAAAAUAUGCUAGCAUCGGCGGUGCUGCCGAGGCUGUGGCAUCCCUCAUAGCCCCAGUCAUCGGAGGCCUUCUGAUAGACCGUCUGGGCUGGCAAUGGUGUUUCUUUAUAGAACUGCCCCUGAUCGGCGCUGUCUUUGCCAUGAUCGCCUUCUGCUUUAAGCCGACAGAAAAGAAGUCAGACACUGGCAACAUUGAUUGGAGAAGGUUACUACGGCACCUUGACCUCGCUGGAACGGCCUUGUUCGUCGCAGGCUUCACAACGCUGGUACUCGCCGUGCAAAUGGGCGGCAACAAGUAUCCGUGGUCGGACUGGCGCGUGCUCGUUCCGCUGGGGGUUUCCAUCGCCCUGCUCUUCGCUUUUGCAGCUCUUCAAUACCACCUGGGCGAUCGAGGAACACUGCCGCCACGGAUAAUCCGCCGGCGCAGCAUGCUCUUUGGGUUUCUAUUCGCCUGCUGCAACAACGGCGCUUUAUCCGUGAUUGAGUACUACAUACCCAUCUACCUCCAAAUCGUAAGGGGGCUGGAGGCGACCACAUCCGGCUUCAUGACUCUUCCGAUAGGGGCCGGUCUCAUCCUUUCUCUUCCCCUGGCUGGCUUUCUCACAUCCUUCUUUGGCUAUUGCAACCAAUUCAUGAUCCUGAAUGGUCUUCUCACCCCAAUAGCAACUGGUCUCCUGGCCACGCUGGCUAUCAACACCGAGAUGUGGAGGCUGGUGGUUUACCAAGCGCUCCUCGGCUUUGGAACGGGCGUUGGCUUCCAAGGUCCCCAGGUCGCCGCACAGGCUAUCCUAUCCGACAACGAUUCACAAAUUGGCAUUGCCAUUAUCCAGUUCGCGCAGGCUUUGGGACCGGCCAUCUUCGUAGCUGCUGCGCAGACCAUCUUCGCCAGCAGAUUGGCGUCUCUUCUGCCUGGCCAAGGUGCGGCUCCUCCUGCGGAUCAUGCUUUGGUGCUACCAGAGAACCGGGAUGGCGACUACAAGAUGGAUUUGGUUGGGUACAAUGAGGCACUAAUAAAGACUUUCUAUCUGCCUGUCGCUCUUGCGGGAGCAACUCUCAUAGGGGCGUUGGGAGUUGAGUGGCGAUCUUUGAAAGUCAAGCGUGGGAGUGCCCUUUAA